AUGAACUGCCUUUGUUGGAAUAUUCGUGGCCUUGGGAAAGGCGAAAAGAACAUAUCCAUUAGGAAACUAGUGGAAAAGAACAAAGUCACUUUUAUGGGACUAGUGGAAACAAAAAACAAAAAAACAAUAAAAAGUAGGAUGAAGAGAAUGUGGGGUAAUAAUGAGUAUGAAAUAUGUGAAGUCUUUGCAAAUGAAAUGAAUGGAGGUGGACUGAUUGCAACAAGGGACAAAAAAACUUUCAAUGUAGCUCAUAAACAUUCGGGGAGUAGAUGGAUCCUAUUAGAAGGGAGUAUCACAAGUCACAAUUUUGAGUGCUUUGUGGGCGUGGUCUAUGGGUAUAAUGAUAGAGCGGGAAGACUAGAAUUAUUUGAGGAGAUCAAGCAUAGAGUAUUGGCUAUCAACAAACCAAUACUCCUGAUGGGAGAUUUUAAUGUCAUAUUACACCCGGGGGAAAGAAUCGGAACGUUUCGAUGCGACAGAAGCAGAAGAGAAUUCUCGGAAUGGAUAACAGAUCUGGGUUUGAUUGACAUACCCUUACAUGGCAUAAAAUUCAUAUGGAGGAGAAAUGAAUCGAGAAGUAGGAUUGAUAGAGGAAUGUGCUGUAAUACAUGGCUUAGGAAAUUCCCCAAUUUGAAUAUGCUAGAAGCCAAAAAUAACUGGGGUCCUAAACCCUUUAGAUGCUAUGACGCUUGGUUCCUGAAUCCUAAUUUUAAACAUUUCCUCAUCCAUGAAUGGCGAAACAUCCCGAAUGAAUCCUUACAAAACAAGUUGAAAAUCCUAAAGGCCCCCCUGAAAACAUGGAAAAAGGAAAAUUUUGACCUCAUGGAUGACAAAAUCUCCGAGCUCGAAGCAGUUAUACACGCUCUCGAUAGAAUGAGCGACGACAAGGAUCUCAAUGACAUGGAGAUGGCCAAGUUGAAUGCGGCAAAUAGCCUCCUUCAUCAAUGGCUCAUAAGGAGAGAGCGAAUUUGGAGACAAAGAGCUAGAUCAUACGGCUUCAAAAUGAAAGAUCAUAAUACAAAAUUUUUCCAUACUUCGACACUCUUCAAAAGAAAGAUAAAUGAGAUCAUCCAGACAAACAUCAAUGGAAGAAGCAUACAGGGAGUCUCAAACCUCAAAAUUGAAAUCAGAAAUUCUUUGCACAGAGCUUUUCUCAAGAACAGGUCCUAG